AUGAAGCUACGACAACUGGAACAUAUCCGUAAUGUAGCCACUCUUUAUUCAUUCUUCAAAAUUGUAGCUUCCGAUAUUAUUGGACAAGGCAAUACAGAAAGUCAAAAUGGACUCACAAAAGAAAAAAUUGCAUUUUCCUUAACAGUGCUAAUUCUUUUAGCUAUGGUUGCCACUCUAUUAAUUUAUUACAAUAUAGAAACAGUUGAUUCAAAGACAGAUAACUGUACUGACAACAGAGCUUUACAACACGCACGAGGAAUUUGUAUUGAAGAAGUCCAUACACCACAUUUUGAAGAGCCAGUUGUUAAAAAACAGCAGACCCGUUUAGAUUAUGCAGAAGAAAAGGCACAUGCAGAUAUCAUUAUAGAUACAAAAGUACUUUUUUGCAUAUAUAUAACCCUAAAAGACGCUAAGAUUACAGUUAUUUCAGGACCACCAGGGUGUGGGAAAACAACAUUUUUAUAUCACGCUGCUAUGAAACUUGGAGAGGCAGAAAACUACAAGAUAUGUUUUGUAUCAAAUCCAGUGAAACUUAUUGAGUCUAUUGAUAUAGACGAAAAACAAAUAUUCGUGAUAGAUGAUAUUGUAGGGAAGAGUUCUUUAGACGAACUCAGUUUGAAGACUUGGGAAGCAAAUGCAAAUUCAAUCUACCAGAUUGUAAGUAAAAGUUUGAAAACUAAAUUGAUUUUGACAUGCAGAUCAUACAUCUACAGGAAUAAAAAUUUCAGUUUAUUGAAACUUCCUCAUACGCACUGUGAUAUGUUGACAGAUGAAAGGUUUUUGAGAACAGUAGAGAUGCGAAAACUUUAAAUAUGUAUUUGUUACUU